AUGGAGGCCGCUAAUUCACCGACCGUGAGCUUGAAGCUCCUCGUUGACAAGAAGACAUUAAAAGUGGUUUUCGCCGAAGCCGACAAGGCCUUCGUUGAUUUCUUAUUCCACCUCAUGUCGUUGCCGCUGGGGACAGUUAUCAAACUCGUGAACCACAACUCCAUGACCGGCUCCCUCGGAAAUCUCUACGGCAGCAUCCUAAACAUUAGCGACACAUACCUCCAACCUAGUAUGGAUAAGGCCGCCCUUCUCAACCCUAAAGUUGCGUUUCACUCUCCCGCUGUGCCGCUCCUAAUGCCCCCCGGCGUCGCCUCUGAGACCAAGAAGUUUUACGUUUGUACCGGCGGCUGCAACGCUUAUGGUAACCGCCAGAGAUACAUCUCCGAAUAUCCGGAAUGUGUUUGUCCUACUUGUAACUCCAGAAUAAGUACUGAGGCGCAUUAUGUUGCUCCUGUAAAAGCAGAUAAUGCUACUAAGGAUGAAAAUGGUGGGUUUGUGAAGGAUGUUGUGACGUAUAUGGUGAUGGACGACUUGAAUGUGAUGCCGCACUCCUCCAUUACUACCAUUACUGUUCUCAACAAGAACAAUAUUAAGGAUUUCGGGUCGCUUGAGGUGAAGGAUGUGCGUUUCGGACUUGAUGAGGGAUUGAAGGUGUUGAAGGCUGCUCUACACACUGAUUCUGUUCUCACCACUGUGUUCCUCUCGAAGUAG